UAAUAUAGUUCAGUGCUGUUGUUGAAAAGUCAAAAGCUCAAAACUCAUCACCAAUGGCUACCUCCUCUUCCAUUUUCUUACUUUAUUUCUUACUCCCCUUUUUCUCCACAGCAACUACUCUAUAUAGAUCCCAUCUCAUAACUCAUCAAGAACCUUCAACUCCCACAACUUUCUUUGAAGUCACAAAGCCUAUAAAGCUACCAAGAACCAAAUCUUGUUCACAACUAAUUCUUGAACAUGACUUUGGUUACACUUAUGGAAAACCCCCUAUUCUUGCAAAUUAUACACCCCCUUUAAACUGUCCAAAGUUUUCCAAGAUUGUGUUGGAAUGGACUGCAACUUGUAAAGGUAGACAAUUUGAUAGGAUUUUUGGUGUUUGGGUUAGUGGUGUUGAGAUACUUAGAAGUUGUACUGCUGAACCAACUAAAAAUGGGAUCUUUUGGACUGUCAAGAAGGAUGUUACUAGGUACUCUUCUUUGUUUAUCAAGAAUCAAACUUUUGUUGUUUAUUUGGGGAACAUUGUUGAUAGUACUUAUACUGGUGUGUACCAUGUGAAACUUUUAGUUCAUUUUUAUAAUGAGGUGAAAAAUUUUGAUUUUGGUGCUGAUUUGAUUGUUCCAAUUUCAAGAAAUGUGGAUUUGAAUGAUGGUUUAUGGUUUGAGAUUGAGAAUUCGACAGAUGUUAAGUCGAAGGAUUUCAAGAUUCCGCGAAAUGUGUAUAGGGCAGUGUUGGAAGUUUAUGUUUCAUUUCAUGAGAAUGAUGAGUUUUGGUAUGCUAAUCCGGUUAACGAGUAUGUAAGUUUGAAUAAUCUUAGUGUUCCGGGGAAUGGGGCUUUUAGGGAGGUGGUUGUUAGUUUGGAUGAAAUGGUAGUUGGUGUAGUUUGGCCAUUUACUGUGAUUUAUACCGGUGGAGCAAAUCCGUUAUUUUGGAGACCGAUAAGUGGAAUUGGUUCGUUUAAUCUUCCUUCGUAUGACAUUGAGAUUACGCCGUUGUUAGGAAAGAUUUUAGAUGGAAGUAGUCAUAAGAUUUCAUUUAGAGUCACGGAUGCUUUGAAUGUGUGGUAUGUUGAUGCGAAUUUGCAUCUUUGGUUGGACGGAGAAAGUAUGAAAACAGAAGGGAAGUUGUUGGAAUACAGCUGCUCGACACUUUCCUUUUCGCUGCUGACCAAUUUUACAGGUUUUGAUGGAUCAUUUAUCACGAACGCUAGUAGGUCCAUCACAAUGACCGGAAUGGUAAAGUCGUCGUAUGGAACAAUUACUACUAAGUCGUCUCAAAGUUUAAGUUAUAGCAACUAUAUGGUAAUGGGAAAUAAAGGGAACUUGCAAAUAGUGGAUCAGAUAAUCGAAUUCAAUGAUACUGUUUAUGCCACGAUGCCAUCUUUUUCUGUUUACUCGCUCGAGUCCUUCAAAAAGUAUCUGUUCAAUUGGUAUUCUGACAAUAUCUAUCAAGGAAACCAAAGCUAUGUGUCGGUAACAAACAUGACACUGGGAUUAGAGGACAAGAGGGUAAAGAGUUCCGAGUACGGAUCCUCUGUCAGCUCUGUUAAGAAUUUGCAAAAUGCGCGGGGAUAUAUGAUUGUAAAGGGCCACUUAGUAGUCCAAGGACUUGGGAGUACCCAACAAGUAUAUAAAUAUAACGAUGAUUCGUGCUGCUACUCCAGGAACAUAAGCAGCUCAGAUUACUUGAUACUUCACGAUAAGGUAAUCGAUAGCUGCAACCAACAUACUUGGUCUCAUUGGCCUUUGAAGAUUGGCAAAAAGCGGUCUCCUCCUGGUUGAAAGGUCCAUUGUGCGAUCUCAUUUUAUUGAUGAUAAUGAUAGUUUCUGACUCUUCCGAAUUUCAUUGUCUUUCACUGCUGUAUGUGGUCGGAGUAAGCAACUGUGUCAUGGUCUUCUUAUUAUGAUGCAAAUGUACUACUGGAGUGGCUCUUGUAUUCGUGGACUUUUAAAUACUUUGUAACUUUGUUGUUUGGAAAUUCGACUUUGCCUCUCUA